AUGGAAACUGAAUCAUUCCUGUGCCACUACUACCCAGCUUGUCCUGAGCCGAACAAAACACUAGGCGCACCUAAGCAUUCCGACCCCUCCUUCGUGACUAUACUCCUGCAGGACGACAUGGGUGGCCUUCAAGUUCUCACUGAUCAAAAUGAAUGGAUUGACGUUCCCCCUAUACAUGGAGCUUUUAUAGUCAAUAUCGGAGACAUGAUGCAGAUAAUCACCAAUGAGAAAUUUAAAAGCGUGGAGCACAGAGGACGAGUUGGAGAGGUCGGAGGCCGGGCAGCAGUUGCAUGCUUUCUCUAUCCAAGUACAGCCGCUGAUUGUAAACCAUACAAGGCCAUAAAGGAACUUCUAUCUGAUAACCCACCCAUGUACAGGGAAGUACAGUUUGCCGAAUUUAUGGCUUACUACAAGUCCAAAGGAUCAGACGGUAACUCUGCCCUGCCUCAUUUUAAACGAGCAUGA